AUGUACAAGGCACGCCAGAGGGAGAGGCUGCGUGUUCGUCGCUAUACCGGACCAACGAGACUGGUUCCAACAACGGCGCCUUCCGCCAAGCCGAAUGGCAUUAUUGGCCGGGAUGGCACAGUCCAGCGUACCAAGCUUGUUGCUCCCAACCCACUUUGGGGCCGCGCCGGUGGAGGUCUGGAGACGAGCCUGAAGACUGGAGAAAGCGAGAGAGACUCAAGCUUCCAAGAGACGAUUCCCCAUCUUCUUCUCCCACCUCCUCGUUUACCCCCAGGGCCCAAAAUGUGCCGCGCCAACACCCCCGCCCUCUUCGCUACUUCGUACGGAGUACAGCUGCCACACCACGCUAUCUUCGGCCGACGUCCUAACCCAAGCAACAGUGACUGCCAUGUUGUGACUAGGUAA